AUGGAGACACCCGCAGCGCUGCCACGCAAACUGGACUUCAGUCUGACUCUGCAGGCCAAGGCUGGCUGCAAGAAGAGCAUUGCCAUCAGACAUGGCAAAAACCUUAUGGAGAGGGACCUCCGAGAGAUGACUGAAAAGAUGGGAGACAUGGACCUGGAGCAUGUCUAUGACCUGAUGCCCUGCCACCUGGAGCUGAUCACCAACAAAGGUGCAGCACAGGCCAGCUUGGCCAAUGUUUCACAAGCAGACGAGGAACCCAGCAUGUAUUACCAUGGCUACACCAGACUAAAGGGGUGUAGUUCCAUGCCAGACCUGCAGAGGGAGUCUCUCCUGGAGGAGCUGGAGAUGGAGGCCCUGCCUUCCAGACCCCAGUCCCCCCUGGUGCUGCUGGCCACUGGGCCAUGCUCCAGCCUCGAUAAGCCCAUUGACCUUGCCCACGACCUCAGGAGGUUGCUACAGGACAGAGUGAUUGUGGAUCAGGCCGUGACAGACCAUGACGCAGACUUCCCUCCUCUGAUCAAGGCCCUGACGUGGAGACGCUCCACCAAACUACAACAGCUCACACACACCCUGCAGAAACAGGAGAAGGAGAAGGAGGAGAAGAGGGAGAGGUGCAGGGUGCCACUGGAAGAACCGGAACACCCCCAGGGAGCUGUGGUGAACGCGGCCCUGUCCCACGGCUCUCUAGCCCGCACGGCCGCCGCCCGCAUCUCAGACAGGGUUCUCCGCGACACCAUCAACAUCCACACAUACCCACCUGUUUACAACUACCUCACCAAAGAGGUGGGUCACAGAGGAGGCAGAGGCUUGAACUCUCCUCGAUGGCUGGAUCGUAACCUGUUUGCCGGGGAAGAAAUAAAGGAAGUCUAUAAGGAGUUAUCCAAAAGUAAAUCUACACUGUAUCUCAACUUCGAUGAGGACCCCAUGAUAGAGCCAGCCCUGACCAACAUCAGAUGGAGUCUGAAGAAGAAAAACCACCAGAGGUUCAUCAACCCACAGCUGAAGAGACAGAACACCAACGCCAUGUCCCACAGAAAGAGGACCGAGAUCCCAGAGGACCAGAAGAAACCGGAGGACCAGAACUCCCGGGCCUACACGGCCUGGCUGCAGUGGUGGAAGACUGACCUCUCAGUGGAGGACUACCUCCGAUACAUCACCAAUCAGGACUCUGACUACCUGUGGGCGGCAUUCCACCUGUACGACAGUGGCGAUAGUGAAGAUGAGGAGGACGAGAGGAGAAGGCUGCUCCAGCUACGACGAGACGAGAGGAAGAAGAGGCGGAGGCAGAAGAUGGAGGCUCUAAAGGGUCAGAAGCAGGAGUACGUGACAGGGCUGUGGAACGUCAACGCGGUGCUGCUGGGGGGGCUGUGGAAGGAACCUGAACUGGAGGAGGAGGAAGAGAGCCCAGAUGAAGAAAUCACCAGCCCUAAACAGAAGGUCUAUAGGAGGACAGUGACUGUGGGGAGCAGGCUGGAGAGGAUCUGGACACUCCUCUGCCUGCCCGACGCCCACAGACUGGACAUGGCCAUCAAGUACAGCUCCCACGCACGCAGGGACCAGCUGGAGAAGGCCACAGCAGCAUGGGAGCGCGCUGCCCGUCUCAUCCAGCAGAGGGAGUCUGUGCUGGCUCGUCUGGAGCUGUUUGAGAGGGAGGCUUCUGACCCCAACCGCUUCUUCCUGCAAGGCUACCGGGGCACCUCUCUAGCCAGGAUGGAUGAGUCCAAGCACCGGGGCAAACUCAACUCCCAGAUCUGCUCUCUGGAGGAGGUGUUGUCUAAGAUUCUCCACCACAUUACAGACAGCUUCCACGACACUGUCACCUACAAGGGGAGGCCAUACGGGGAGAAGAUGCGCUGGGACCGCAUCGAGAUGCUCUACUGGCUGCAGCAGGAGCGCAGGGUCCAGGCUCUGGAGAGGGUGGUGGAGGGGAGAGGCUCUCUCCCCACCAGACUGCCCCCCCUCAACCCCAACCUUCAGCUGUACCCGGGCACCCACCCCACCCCCCAAGGACACACCCCGACCCUCAGCCAGAGACCCCACCCUCAUACACACCCACAGCCGCUCCAACACAACCCAGCCGAGCUCAGUGUAUCCAGUAUAAGUUUGAACGUUGUAAGCAAAUGAAUAAAAUGCUAGGGAAAUUGUUUGUAUGCACUGCUUGGAAGGAAAUAUUAUAUUUGAUAAUUAUUAUGUAUUCAUAUUAUGUAUAAUGUAUUAUCAUUAUCACUUGUCAAGUAAAUGUAUGAACAUGAUUGGAUAAUAUAUGUAUACAGUAUAUGCACAACUAGUAGGUUCAUAUGACAUUGGCAACAUUUGAUAUGGUCAAUAUAUUGUCAAUAAUUUAUAUUAUUUUGUUCUGAGUGUGGCAGAAACAUGCAAUGCUAAGUGCCAUGACACAAGGCACGAUGUUUGCUCUAUCAGUCUAUUUAGGGCCACUGUUAAGUGUCUUAUCAGAAUUACGAAGUCUAAUACCAAAGAUACUGUGCUAGUACUGCAGGCGUGUACAAUAAACAACAAAGCUGUCACUUA